ACUGACAUUCGGCUAAAAGAACAACCAUUGAUGGACUGCUCGCCGGGGUGUAGAUUAUGAUAUGAAGACGAGGGGUAUGGAAGUUGUAUCCACCGCUCAUAUAUCUCUACUAUCCUACUCAAGUUUACAGGAUUGAGAGUGCUUUGUUUCCUAUCUUUGCUUACCAUCAGUCUGCGCAAUCGCAUCUCUCACGCAAUCAUACAGCCUCGAAAGAUGGGCUCAACAGCGCAUGAAUUUAAGGCGCAAGCCACCUUCCCUAACAGCAGCCCAGCAUUUAUCCAGUUCGCUAGCAGGAGGAGUGUCGUGCACAGCACGAAAGGUAUAGUAGCAUGCACUCAACCAUUGGCCGCAGAGGCAGGACAGAGGAUAUUGAAGCAGGGUGGUAAUGCUGCAGAUGCAGCCGUCGCAGUCGCCGCCGCCUUGAACAUGACCGAACCAUCCUCGACAGGCAUUGGAGGCGACAUGUUCUGUUUGUUCUUUGACGCGAAGACGAAAGAGGUAACCGCCCUGAACGGCUCUGGACGCAGUCCCAAGAACACUACGGUUGAACAAAUCAGAAAAGAGGUGGGCAAGACACAAGGAAACAUCCCUACCCAUAAUGCGCUGUCUGUCACCGUGCCCGGUGCACCUGCAGGCUGGGUGGACACCAUUGAGAAGUUUGGUAGUGGUAAAGUGAGCCUGGAGCAGAUCUUGACACCAGCAAUUCAACUGGGAGAGGAAGGCUUCCCUGUCAGUGAAAUGUCGUCCGUCUUCUGGCAACACGCCGAACAAGCCUUGAAAGAGGCGUCGCCCAAUUUCAGAGAGAUGCUCAAAAAGGACAAAAAGGCAGAGCAGUUUGCCCGCGCUCCUCGCGCCGGAGAGAUUCUCCAGAAUCCAUGUCUGGCCCAGACAUUCAGGACACUAGCAUCAGAGGGAAAGAAGGGAUUCUACACAGGUCGCAUCGCUGAAUCAAUCGUAGACGUGCUGAAUUCGGCUGGUGGGCACAUGGAGUUGUCGGACCUCGAAGACCACAUGAACCGCGGACCAGACUUCCCAGAGCCGAUCUCGCUAAAAUACCGAGGGCAAAAUAUUAAGAACAAAUCCUCCCAAAGACUUACAGAUAGCAGCAAGGACGAUUACUACGUUGAGCUCUGGGAACAUCCGCCGAACGGUCAAGGCAUCGUGGCCUUGAUGGCGUUGGGCAUUCUGGAAGAGCUUGAGAAGACUGGACAGAUCCAGACUUUCGCUCAAGAAGACCACAACAGCGCAUCAUACUUGCAUGCAGUUAUCGAGGCUCUGCGGAUCGCAUUCGUGGAUGCGGCUUGGUGGGUGACUGACCCAGAUUUCAUGCCAGUGAAAUCCAAGGAGUUGAUUUCCCGAGAAUACCUGGCUGAACGUGCAAAGCUGUUUAACAAAGAAAAGGCCGGCGAUUUUACCAAGGGAGAGCCGAAGCGAAGCCCUGCGCAAAACCAUAGCGAUACAGUCUACUUCGCCGUGACGGACAAAGAUGGAAAUGGAUGCAGUUUCAUCAACUCCAAUUAUGAAGGCUUCGGGUCCUGCAUCAUUCCACAAGGGUGUGGUUUCACGCUACAAAACCGAGGGUCGAACUUUGACCUUGGUCCUGAUGACCACCCCAACAUCUAUACGGGAGGGAAGAGGCCUUACCAUACCAUCAUUCCGGGACUGAUUACCCAUGGCGAUGGAGCUGACCGGCAGCUGCACUCGGUAUAUGGCGUUAUGGGGGGUUUCAUGCAGCCUCAAGGUCAUGUCCAGGUCCUGCUAAAUAUGGAGGUGUUUGGACUGAAUCCCCAGCAAGCUUUGGAUGCGCCGAGAAUCUGUAUCGGAGCAGGGAUGCCGACAGAGGGAGAAAAGCAGAUGAACCAGAUAUUCAUUGAAGAGGGCAUCGGUGAGGCGGUGGUGAAAGCCUUGAAGGAUAUGGGCCAUGAUGUCGAGGUGAUCAAUGGUUGGAGCCGAGGCAGAUUUGGAAGAGGACAGGUGAUUCGACGACAUGUGGAUGAAGAGACAGGACAAGCGGUAUUCAGUGGUGGUAGUGAUCUUAGAGGAGACGGACUUGCCUUGCCAGCAUAGAAGGGUAUAUGCCAGACGAUAUCAACGAUGCUCUGACAUGUUCAUACUUCGUAUUCAACAGCCACAUCACGUACUAACUUAGCAUUUUGAAAGUGGCUGGACCGUCCGCCACCCGCAAAGCUUUAUAGUGAUGUGCACCGGACGAUGCACGUCAUCGGCUGCGGUGCCGAAUACGAUGACACGUGCGGAAAAGUCUUGGGUAACGACACAAAACACCAGAUGUCCUUCCAGGUGGUUUGUCCGUCUGCUCAAAAACCGAUAUCAAGCUCUCAAUGCUAUUUUGGUAAGAUUCC